UUUUCAAUAACUUUAAUUAUCAAAACAAAACAAUAAACAAUAAAAAAAUAAAGGCAAAUGUAAUUGAAGUAUUUUUUAUUGAUUUAAAUAUAUUCAUUAGUUAUUAUUACUAGCAAAAUUAUUUAAAAUUGUAAGAGGUAUUAUAUUCAAAAUACUUCAAACGAUGACAAUCAACCAUCUGUUUUAUGUGAUUUAUGUGAAGAAGGAUACGUGUUAAAUGAAGAUUCAUAAUAAUGCUAAGCUUAAUCUUUGAUUUUUAAGAGAAAUCUUUAAUCUCCUAUUUAAUGUUUGGACGGAUCCUCAGCAACCAUGGAAAUGUUUUGCAAUUACUGUUCACCUACUAAUAUUGGAUUGAAUUAAAAAUAUUGCCUUCCUUGUAAUGCAAUAUGUUAAAAUACAGUAUGUGCAACAACUGAUUUAUAUUCUAUCACAUUAGGACAAUGCUUGUAUUAUUGCGGGAAAGGGUUACUUGCUUAUUCUGAAGAGAGCUGUGCUACUUCAUAAAUAUGCUAAAAUGGAUUAGUAUGGAGUUAAUCCUACCAAACUUGCGUUUACGCAGGGUGUACUUUGAACAUUAUAUUAAAAAAAGAUUAAACGGUAUGUACUCAAUCAUAAUACUGUUUAGAUGGAUAUUAUUGGUCAGGAUCACAAGGAUGCUUACCAUGUAGUUAACAAUAAGAUUAGUAAUAAUAAAAUUAGUGUUCCUUAUAUCAAUAGAAAUUAUAAUAGUAAUAAUUAUGGUAUUAGUAGUAAUAAAAUCAAUAGCAACAAUAAUAGUAGCAGUAAGAGUAGUAAUAGCAAUAACAAUAACAAUCUUAGAAGUAAUAAUAAGUUAAUAACUCUGACAAUUCAAAUGAAAGCAAUGAUAAUUUAUUUUUAGAGCUAGCAAUUGCUUCUUUUGCCUUAUUAUUAAUUAUACUCAUUGUACUUUUAUAUUUUGUAAGAAAGUUCUACAAAAAUAUGAAGUAAAUUGAAUAGGAAAACAACUGUGAAGAAGAAGAAGUAUUAGAAGGUAAUGGAAACAUAGAUUUUUAUGAAAAAAAGGAAUCAAAAGAGUUAGGAAAAUUAAUUUUAAUAGAAAAUUGUAGCGCUUAAAAUAUGAUUGCAAAAGAAAUAAAGCCUCAUAUUGAAGCGAGAAGUGUUCAAGAUAUUUUUGCUAGAAGAUAAAGUACAUAGAAUAAUAUUUUUGAUCAAAAAUUACAAACUAAUAACUUAAUCAAGCUCGAAUCCUUACAAAUUGAAAAAUUCAACAACGGAAGUUAAGAUGAUGAUGAAAAAAAAAAUGGCGAAACAAAAAAUUAUGAUGCUACUCCUAAUAAUAUUAACCUUGAGAUCAAUUAUGAUUGA